AGUAAGAUGGAGCAUGAGGCCAGCGCACUGGAGCUGGACCUGUGUGUAUGCAGAAGCCCCUGUGCUCCCUGCUCUAGGCUGCAUGAAGAGGAGAAAACGGGGGCAAGGAUCUGCCAGAAGCUCAAACAGUCCAGUUUGCCUUCCCCUCCCGAGGGGUCCCCAAGCCCAAGUUCAACCUCUGUGGAGAAGAUGUUUGGAGGCAAGAUUGUCACUCGGAUAUGCUGCCUCCACUGCCUCAAUGUCUCCUCCAGGGAGGAGGCGUUCACGGACCUCUCUCUGGCCUUCCCGCCUGCGGAGCGCGGCCGCCGCCGCCGCCUGGGCUCAGUGACGGUCCCUGCGGAAGGUGUGGGCGCCUGGGAGCCCCCGCCGCCGUCCCAGGCCCAGCUUCCAAGCGGGGCGAGCCCUCGGAGGCAGAGGAAGCACUGCAUCGCCGGGGACGCCCCCCCCACGGGCCUGGACCUCGGAGCCCUGGGACUCCCGGGACCCCGCGCGCCGAGCAGUCCGGAGAAGCUGGAGAGCGAGGGGGCAGCAGAGGCGAGAGCAGAGGAGGAAGCGAGCAGGAAGGAGGAGAAAGGGGAGGCGCAGCAGCAGGAGGAGCAGGAGAAGCUGGACCAGGAGACGGAGAAGGAGGCCGAGAAGGGGAAGGAGGAGGACUGCCCGGGGCCAGGGAUCCCCGGGGACGCCGCCGCCGCCCCCUCCGGGGAGGGCUCCCGCUCCGUCCUCGACCUGGUCAACUACUUCCUGACCCCUGAGAGGCUGAUGUAUGUGCUUUUUUACCGGCAGCGUCCUGCGGAGGGGCCAGAGGCUGAGCCGGGCUCUCCCGGAGUCCGGACAGAGCCCGCCCUCCACAAAGACCUGAUGGAAGCUAUUUCCAAAGACAACAUCCUCUACCUGCAGGAGCAGGAGAAGGAGGCCCGCAGCAGGGCAGCCUACAUCUCUGCGCUCCCCGCAUCUCCACACUGGGGGAGAGGCUUUGACGAAGAUAAGGACGAGGAUGAAGGCUCUCCUGGGGGCUGCAACCCUGCAGGGGGCAAUGGUGGUGACUUCCACAGACUGGUCUUCUAAUGGGAACCGUCCACUGGCCGUUUGUGUGUGUGUGUUUGGGGGGCAGGGGCCACAGCCAAUCGUGGGGAGGCCUGGACCCCUUCCUUCUGGCAACUGGGUGGGGGCCCAGAUCCCAGGCAGAGCUGCACUGCCAUGUGGGGUCAAAGGGAGGCUGUGGAGGCAGGUUCAGUCCUGAUGUAGGGCCUUCGAAAGGUGAGAAAGGUGGAGAGGGAGCUUCUGGAACACUGCUCCUUGGCCUGAAGGCCACCUGGAGCCCCAGAUAUUGAGGUGAGCCCUUUAAACUAGGCCUCAGGCCCUGACAGGGGGAUCAGCCCCAUCAAGAUCUUACACCCAAGUGUCCUGGUCCACUCGAAGCAGCUUAGCUGGAUGCGCUCUGGGCCCUGCUCCCCCAGCAGGGCUGACCUUCACAGCUCCAGUGUCUUGCCAUCAAGUAGCAUUUCCCUUUCAGACAAUCCUAAUACUCUACAGUAUAAAAAGCAGAGCCGUAUCUGGCCACGUUGUUUCUCUGAGGGGAUUUCAGAGGUAACACUGUUUAUUUUGAGGCAUGUGGGUGGGAUGCAGCCUGAUGCAGGAUCAGAGAUCGUCUCUCCACACCAAGCAACCCUGCAUAGAAGGGAGGAUGGCCCCCCUCGGCUGCCUCUGUGCCCAAGAUGCCACCGUGCAUCCCCCUUCUGAUGCAAAUAAGAGUCCUUAUUUUACGGCAAGUAUGUGUGCAUUUCUCUUGGAACUGUCCUUCUGGGGAGAGCUAGCGGGCUCAGCUCAUCGGUUGGCUGUUAGAAUGGGAAUCUGGGGGCUGGUUUGGUGAGGAGCAGAUACUGACCUCUGUGCCCUGACACUGCUGUACACCUUCUAAUGGAGAGAGAGAAGAGAGAGACCCAAGGUCUCAAACAGGAAUAAAAAGUUCUCUGAAGCCUUUAAAGAUGUCAUUCUUCCUCUGUCAGUGGCUGUGGUGUCUACUGUACCCUUGGUUUCUUGCUGUGUCUAGGCAGCAGGGAGGGUUAUCCCUCCUGCCCCAUUGCCUUGUGUGACGUACCAUGGGAAGGUGAGGCCUGGUGGUGGGGCAGGGAGAGGUUAGAUGCCUGGUGGCUGUCAGGAUUUUUCCCAGAAAUAGCUAUUUUUCCUUCUCUCAGAGCCUGGAAGGGUGUGUGACUUCUCUGAGGCCAGACUUGGGCACAGGCCACCCCCAGUCACUCCACAGCCGACACCCAGUUCCUUCCCAUUCUGGGAGCGGGAGAGGCAUGCGGGGGCUCUGCUCUUUGGGAGAACAAAGAAGGCGUGGUGGCAGGGACUUCAAGGGUUGUGGCCCUGUGCUGAUGUUUUGGCCCAAAUAGCACAGACCCUGGAGACCUUAGGGACCAGCAAAAGCAAGCCAAUAGUUUGAUACCAGGUCACACUCAGAAUUCACUUCCACAGUCCCAGUCCUGUGUGUCUUCUAAGGAGAUUUGGCCGGUGUUACUACAGUUUCCAUGUUACACAUCAGGAAUGCAGAGCCUGAGGUAAGGGUUCAGUCUUGUUCCUAGCCAAGAAGCAUACCGAGUACAUUCCUAUUAUUAAAAUGAAAGUGGUGCAGACAGGCACGUAGACCUCCUGGGACCAUGAGAGAGUAAACUUGUUGAGAAUGUGUUUAAGCCUACAUGUGGGAGGCCCCCAGCUGGGCUUUGUGUGUGGAUCCCAUCCUCUUCAGACAAGGCAGCCCUCUCUGGUUGCUUCUAAUGGACUUUAUUAUUGUCCUGCUCCAACACCACAGUAAAAAGGGACCUGCAAGCUCUAGGUCUGUACCAUGUGCUGCCACAGCAAAAACAGGACCCACUUGAUCACCUACUCUACCCCUCCCCCCCCAGGAUAAAUACAUGUUACAAAUUUUUAAAAGAAAACAGAAUAAAUUAAUAACUUAAGUGAUUAGGCACCAACAGUGAUUUGAAAAAUUAAAUGUCAAUUUUAAAUGGUAACAGGGCAAGAACCUAAGACUGAGCUUCUCCUAGCCCAUUUUCUCUUCCCAACAAAUAGUGACAAUUCUGUGCGAAAUGACUCUAAAUUUCAAGACACA